CCACUUAGCAAGCAACAAUCAUCGCGAUAUAUGAAACGAAUAACUCUAUAAGCUGCAGAGGCCGGCGGACUCUCUCUUGAUAUUUGGAUGGUAAACAGCUUUAUCAAUGGCGACUCCCGACCUCGACUCUGGGAAACCGGGACGAGACCGACUGUCGGCCAAAUCCACCACAGACCCAGUUCUCCGCAAUACGCUACGAUAUACGAUAUCCGCAAAGGAGUACCAGGUUCUACAUAAAUAUAUCAUAUCGCGAUCGAAAGUCCUGAAGCGGAAUACGCCUACGGUGUCUCAAGUCGAGAAGCUCGUGGAUAGACCUGGACGCGAUGAUCACAAUGCCGCCGCAGUCCGCGCGAGUUUACGCGUUUUCCUGGCAACAGGAGCUGCGCUGAAGGCAUGGGCUGUUAUAAAGGAGACCCUGUUUAAGGGCAAAGCAGACACCGCGAAGACUACCCUCUGGCGCUCGCCAACCUUACGACUUUCCCUAUCUCUAUCAUCCAUCCUUCUCCUACAUCGCCUGCUAUUCCGCUUCUUCACACGCCUACGAGCGCACCUCCUCACUCCCGAUGCACAGCCCUUCCGGCGGCGGAAUCCGCGAACUUCGCAAACCCUUACAUCCCGAUUUGCACCUGCUGUCGGAGCUAGUUUGGCAGGCUUCAUGUUAGGGGUAUACCCUGGCGAGCAACUACGAUUAUCUCUAGCAAUAUACGUGCUUAGCCAAGCCGCGGAAGCCGCAUAUAAUCUUGCAGAAGAGCAAGGCUGGAUUUGGGGAAAGAAAGGGAGAUGGGAGAGGCCGUGGUGGUUUGGCAGCUGGAUGCUUAUGCCGCUUGUAUCCGGACAGCUGCUGCACGCCUUUGUUUUCGAUAGGGAUUGUUUCCCAGAGGCACUAAACGGCUUUAUGAUGAGGUUCUCGCCACCGUACAUACAAGCGAGACCUGUGGAUUACCCAUCUAACCUUCCUUGGCCAGCACCAGGGGAGGUUGUCGAUAGUCUCGCUGAAAUGGGACGACUCCGUUUCCCGCCGUUCAUUUCUCCUAUUUUAUUCCCUAAUAAGAAGACGUUGCCUACCACACUCCAGUCAACGGCGCCAAUUACAGACGUCGCCCACCCCUUAAUCACCUCCCUUUCAUGCGCCCUUCUCCAUCCAAACGAUCCGUCCUGCGCUAGGACAUACCUCACCUCCUGGCUCCGGGCCUUCCCACGCUUCGCCCGACUCUUCGCGGUUGUCUUCGCUGUCUUCUCCCUCCCAAAGUACAAGUCAUUUUACAACUCGCCCAUUGCUUCUCUCGACCAGCUUGGCCGCUCAGUCCUCCGUACGUCAGCAUUCGCGACGGGCUCCAUUGGUACGGCCUGGGCAGCCAUCUGUUUCUUCCAAAAUUUCAUGCCUUCAAAGGCACUUCCCACCCAGCGAUUUUUCCUUGGUGGUUUCCUCGCAGGCCUGUGGAGCUUCCUGGAGAGGGAAACUGGAAGGGGUAACUUCUUGUACAUGUCACGAUUGAGCAUGGAUAGUGUGUGGAAGGUGGGUGUGAAGAGAGGAUGGUGGAAGAGCUUGAAGGGAGGGGAUGUGUGGCUAUUCGUGGCGGCGUUGGCCGUUGUGAAUGCAGUUUAUACGAAGGAUCAUGAUGCUAUUAAGGGGGGAACAGUCAGGCGUGUCCUUGCUGGCCUCCGUGGAGAGAGCGCAGCUCUAAGGGGCAUUGAGAUUGAUGCUGAUGAUGUUGAUGAGGAGGAUAAGAAAGAAAGGUGAAGGAUUGGGAUUCUGCCAUGAUAUGAGAGCUGGCUAGGGUUGCGGGGCAUUUUGGGGCGUUAUCGGCUGUGUAUAGCCCGGGGGCACUGUGCCUGUUAUGAUAGCUAGUGGUAAUUUGUAUAUACAGUAGGACCCCUGUUAUAGCGAUGUAAUUUUGACAACACUUGAAUAUCGUUAUAA